CAUUUUCUUCACUCCAGCUAGCUGCUAUAGACCAUAACCAUUAAUUUCCACUCUCUAAAGUUAUACUAUUGAGGAAAUUCCUAUCUUUAUAUCUAUAUUCACGUUCUCUAGGAUGGGUGAGAGAAUUGAGAGGCUGAAACAAGUUGCUCAAUGUGGUGAUGUUGACACACUGUACAUGUUGAUUCAAGAGGAUGCAUGUCUUUUGGACCACAUUGAUCUUUUUCCUUUUUUUGAUACUCCUUUACACAUAGCUGCGUGUAAUGGGCACAUACCUUUUGUCAUGGAAAUGAUGAGAUUAAAACCCUCUUUUGCUAGAAAGCCAAAUCUAGAAGGGUUUAGCCCCAUUCACCUUGCAUUACUACAUAAGCAUACCGAAAUGGUGAGUCGUCUUCUACAAGUCGAUGGAGACCUUGUCCGUAUCAAAGGAAAAGAGGGUAUCACUCCUUUGCAUUAUGCAGUAGUAGUAGAUGAUCAACUUGAUCUAUUGGCUGAAUUUUUAUUAGUCUGUCCCGAUUCUAUUGAAGAUGUGACGACUCGAAAUGAGACUGUUUUGCAUAUAGCUUUGAAAUAUGAUAAGUUGGAGGCUUUUAAAUUUUUGGUGGAAUGGAUUAGACAGAAAAGGUCUAAGAAUUCCAUAUUUUGGGAGAGGAAAAUCUUGAAUUGGAAGAAUGAGGAAGGCAACAUUGUGUUGCACAUUGCAAUAUCCAAGAAUCAACCCGAGGCUGUGAGGUUGUUAUUAAAAUCUGGUGUUGAUAUAAACGCAAAGAAUUUAAAGGGUCAUACAGCAGGUGACAUCUUGGCAGAACAAACACAGGUAGAAAACAACAACGAGAUCAAGGUUAUGCUACAGCGUGCUGGAGCUUUGUUAGCUCAUUCAUCUCUUCCUGAUUAUAAUUAUUCACGUUACCUACGUUCCAUAGUCUCAUCUCUUGAGGAAUCACUAAUACGCUGCUCUCGUGAAUGGGGGAUGAUAUCAGAGGACAAACGCAAUGCACUUCUGGUGGUUUGUACACUGCUUAUAACAGUGACCUAUGAAGGAGUACUCAACCUUCCUGGGGGAAUUUGGCAAGAAGGUCGCUGCAGUAAACAUGGAAUCCAUAAGUCCCCUGCCAUGAUUGCAGGGACUCCCAUUGGCCUUAGGCUUCUUCCCUUUUGGUUGUUCUUAGCUUCAAAUUCUGUGACAUUUAUGUUCUCAUACGUAACAAUUCUUCUCCUCAUUCCAUUUGAGUAUGAUAUACUCCGCAUAGCCUUUUUCUCCCUCUCUUUUUGCUAUUUUGCUUCAUUGACAGUCAUAAUCCCAAAUCCUAUUUGGUCUUAUUUUCCUUUUAUUUAUGUUAGCCUGCUUCUCUUUUUCUUAUUCAUUGCAAUAUGGUUGAUUAAGUCCAGACUCUUAAAACGCUACAUGAAUCAAUGAUGAUUCAUUCAUGGAAGAAGAAUUGAUGGAAAAAUAAGCCAAGCUUGGAGGUUUGGAGCUAUAUCCUGUAUGCAUUUGAAACAAGUGUGUUAAUUUCUGGUGCUUUUAAUUUCUAGCUGCAUGAUUCAAUGCUGAUUCAUUCAUGGAAGAAGAAUUGAUGGAAAAAUAAAUACCAAACUGCAGAUUUAGUUGGAUUCCUAGAGAAGCUAAUGUUGCGGCCCACACCUAUAGCAUCUUGGUCACUAUGUAACAGACUAGCUAAACUCCUUUGGUAUAGGUUCUGCUCCUCAAUCCUUUUUUAAUGUCAUAUUGUUGGAGCAAGCCAAUAUUUUGUAAUUGAUCUGUUUCCUUCUCAAUAAAAUUCCUUUGCAGUUGAUCAAAAAAUAAAUAAAAAAUAAGCCA